GGGAUUGGUUCCUGUGGAUUCCUUUGAACCCAAUCCCAAAAAUCAAUUGAGAUUCUGUGAAUCACUCCGACUCAAUGAAUGGUAUUCAGAGUUUGACACCACUGCUAUUAAUAUGCAUAGUACAACAUUUCAGCAAACAACGACUACUGGUAAGACGAAGAGCUCACAAGUCAACUUGUAUCCCUACGGAGUGGGCAAACAAGAAGCCAUGCUGGAAUUUGAGGAACAUAAAACCAAUCCCGGACAAGGACACUUUAUUGAAAAACGUGACAAACGACGCAAAGAUCGAGGACCGUUGAAGGUUUACCCCCGUUCCGAUAACCUUUUGGGACAAUCUCGACCGAGUGGUAACACCAGUGGCAGUGCUGCUUGCUACUGCUGA